AUUCUUGUCACCCAUGGGCAGAACAUAAGGUGGCAUGCGAUGAUUAUCAGAGGCUUUUAAAGGAGGUCCAAGACCUUAGGGCUGAAGGAGAUGAGGUUGUCAAAAAGCUUAGAUGCAAGAUGAUGAGAGCUGAGCUGACUUUCAAGGUGAAAGAGAUGCAGUGCCUGAGGAAGCAUAAUGACGGCCUAAUAAAGUGGAAUCAGGUUCUGCAAGCGAAGGAUGACCAUCUGACGAAGUUGAUUGAGGAGCUAGAAGAGAAUAAUGACGCCCUGAAAGAUUUGAGUGGAUGUCUUAUGAUGAAAGAGCGUGAAAGUAAUGAUGAAUUACGACAAGCCCGGGAAGAAAUUAUUAAUUUACUACUUAUACUAUAUGCUCACUAGCAAUUACAAUGCACUUGAUGUGUUCGUUUCUAUCAGUUGGUUCAUGUUUUUCAUUGAUGAAAAUGAUCAUCACAAUGAUCAGGACUUCGCGGACAAGCUAAAUGGGCUGAGAGCUAUUGGGAUCAAAAGGAUGGGAGAACUCGACGAAAAGCCAUUUCAAAAUGCAUGCAGGAGGAAAUACGGGAAAUAUGAUUACCAAACCAAAGCUGCACGGCUGGUCUCAAGUUGGCAGGGGGGGCUGAAGAAGCCAUCCUGGCAUCCUUUUAAGGUUGUCCAGGAUAAAGGAGAAGAUAAGGAAGUUCUAGAUGACGAUGAUGCGAAACUGAAGUACCUGCGGAUUGUGCAUGGCGAUGAGGUGUGCGACGCGGUGAAGACGACGCUAAUGGAGAUAAACGAGUACAACCCCAGUGGGCGGUAUGUGGUGCCCCGGCUCUGGAACUUCAGUAAAGGACGGAAGGCGACGAUGAAGGAGGUGCUCAAGUACCUGCACAGGCAGAUGGAGACGACGACCAAGCGCUGGAGGGGCUAAACAGGCACAACCCUGGUUAGGCAUGGGCGUUCGGGUUACCCGAAAAUUCCGGGUCGGGUUUUUUGGGUUUUUUAAAUUUCGGGUUUUAAAAACUGAAAUCCGAAAUUUAUUUAAAAUAAACAAAACCCGACAUUUCGGGUACCCGAUAAUUUCGGGUUCGGAUUACCCGUACUACCCGAUUUUCUACUUGAUGUUGUUCUAAUCUAGCAGCUGAACAAUGGCCAGGAGAAAUCUGGAGGGAGAAAAGGAAGAAGCGCUAUCGAAUGAAAAAAAAAACUCUUUGUCACUGCAUUUAUCAAGUGUAUCUAGUGCUAGUAAAGAAAAAACUCGUCUCAGCCUGUGUAGUGUUCCUCCGUCGUUGGUGCCUUUCCGGCUUCCUAGUCAGUGGCCGGAAAAGCUCCUUGCCCGCACUGCUGCACGCCUGCACACAGCAAGCAUGCGCCCCCUCGCGAGCGCCGCUGGAUGCCGACAUGGAAGACCAGCCGCUGCAGGCCUGCAGCUUGACGAGGAGG